CAGUCAGUCAGUCAGUUAGUGUGAAUUUCCCGGGCGGAACUAAAGGUUGUCGAGAGCGAACCGCGAUUCAGUACAGUUCAGUGGGGAAGUUUGAUAAGCAAAUAUCGUUGGCACGGGCUAAUCGGAUCCAGAAGGGGAAGUUUAACAAGUGUGUAGAGCAUCAUAAAGUGCAACCUCAAUCAGAGUGAUAAUCUUGCUGGAGAAAGAACUUUCCCAAGAGUGCAUGAAACUGAAAUCGCAACUGAAACGCAAUUUCCAACCAAGCAUCCAGAAGAACCAUAUCCAUAUAAUCAAUUUACACACCUCGCGUUUUGCUAAGCGUUUUUUGCGAGAUCGAGCUGCUUUUUUGCUAUCACAACGAAAUUGUGAUGAAGCUAAAUCAAUCCUAGUUCAAGCAACGGUGACGCACUGCCAACGAUUGGAAAGGCGAGAGAAGCAAAAACGCAACAGUUGUGAGAAAACGAGAAACAUCGAAUAAUUGAGUGACCAUAAAACAAGAUGAUUGUGGGCUUUUACUUUCGACGCCUAUGACCUAUGUAGUGAAACUGUAAUCGCAUCAAAUAGGAGGAAAUUGGGAGGCAGGCACCCUGCAGCUAAUUGAUUGCAUGCUGAUAAACCACUGACUGUGGUGGAUCGAUCGGAUCAGAUUUCCUACUAAAUGAACAAUAGUGGCCAUAUCGAGUUUUUAAUCGACUAUAAGUGAAACGUGAUUUUUUGCUAUAAGGAAUAAUACUGUAGAUAAUUGUAAAUAAUUUUUAAACAACCACAAGAUGUCGCUGACCGAUAAAGAGUAUUACAAUCUGACCAUGAGCAUCUCGAAGGCGCUGAGCGUGCAGGAGAUGCCCAUCAAGGUCAAACACGUCCGGGCGGCCAUCAUCGGGACGUUCCACAGCAAGGGCGGGCACGCCUUCUGGGCCAUCGCCAUACGGCAACCGAUCCAGGACAAUCGGAUCGUGGCGUGGAAGUUCUGUCACCUGCUGCACAAAAUAUUGCGCGAGGGCCAUCCGAACUGUUGUCAGCACUCGAUGCGACACAGGUCAAUGCUGACGGAGGCCGGGAAGCUGUGGGGACACCUGAACGAUGGCUACGGGAUCUGCAUCAAGCACUACACCAAACUGCUGGUGACGAAGCUGGAGUUCCACGACCGAAAUCCGGGCAUACCGGGCAGUUUGGCGCUGAAGCCGGGGGAGCUGGAAAAGAUCGGCGGCGGCGAUAUUAACUUCUACUUUCAAUUAGCGGUGGAGAUCUUCGAUUACUUAGACGACAUCAUUGCCUUACAAGCUACCAUCUUCAACUCCAUUACCACAUUCUGCGUCAGUUCAAUGACCUCGGCGGGGCAAUGUCGUCUGGCUCCGCUGAUCCCCUGCAUCCAAGACUCCAACCCGCUGUACGACUUCGUCGUCCGGAUAAUGUUCAAACUGCACGCCAACCUGCCAUCGGAUCUACUCACUGGCCAUCGGGAGCGCUUCCGGACCAUCUUCCAUCAGCUGAAAUCCUUCUACAAUCAAUCCCGCAACCUGCAGUACUUCGUAAACCUCAUCACCGUACCCAAGCUUCCGGACGCUCCGCCAAACUUCGAACAGCAGAGUGACCUGGGCAACUACCAAGCGCCGGUUGUCGUCAUGCCCGACUCCGACCCCAUGGAGCACGACACCGAGUCCGUAGUGUCCGACAGCCUCAUAGACACCACCGAAGCCGCCCCACCUAUUCCAGAACUCCCGGUCAACCACCACCACCACAACAAUGUCCAACAGGCGGCGCCACCUUCGGCUGCCCUCAGCAAGCAGGUCCUGGAGCUGGAACGCCUACUCAAAGACCGGGACGACCUGAUUCGGCACCUGCAGAUGGAGAUCGAACGGCUUACCAACUACGUCAAGUCGCUCACGAUCGAACAGCGGGACGUGCAGCACCGGCUCGAAGACCAGAUCGCUCAGCUGAACUCGCACCUGACGGACACCCGCGCCGAGGUGUCCAACCUGCGAAUCCAGAAGGAGGAACUGGAGCUGCGGGCGCAGUCGGCACCCACCCUCGAACAGAAAGCCCAGGCCGAGGAAGAACGAGCCAAAGCGAGCGAGGAGAAAUUCCAGAAACUCAAGUCCAUGUACACCCAGAUUCGGGAUGAGCACGUCAAAUUGCUUCGACAGACCAAGUUUCAUGAAUACAAGAUCAGCUGCUACAGACAGCACGGUGAAAUCGGCAAACAGCUGGCCGCCUCCUCCAAGGCCGCAUCGGACGCCACCAAGGCCAAAGAAGAGCUCCGCGUCCAGUUGGAGGAGAUCCAGCAGAAGCAAGCGGUCGUCGAGGAGCAGCUGCAGCAGAGUUCUUCCGAAGCCAAACGAGAGCAGGAAGUGGUGGUCGAAGAACUGAAAGCCAUCACCGAAAAGUACGAAACCCUACAGAGUAAGUUCGAAGAGAUGGAGGCCAAUCGGCAGGCGGAGAUCGCCGAGCUGCGGAUCAGCAAGGAACGGGUCGAGGAGGAGCUGAGCACAUUCCAAAGCGAACGGGAUGCCCUCCAGACGGAGAAGGGUGCACUGGAGAGCAGCCUGGGCGAAAUUCAACAGGAGCGACAGGAGUUGGCCCAGCAGUACGAAGAUGUGCUCGGGAAGCUGGCGACGCUGCAGAUCAAAACCGACGAGCACUCGAAGGAGGAGGUGGCACUGCAGCAGAGCGUCAGCCAGAAAACUCAGCAAGCGCAAGAACUCGUGGACAAACUGGACCAUCUGCAACGGGAAUACGAAUCGCUGCAACAACGGCACACCGAACUGGAAGCAGCCAAGGCCGCUCAGGAGCAGCAGUUCAACCGAAUCCACGAGGAAGACUUGCUGAAGCUCGACUCCCUCCAGGGCGAAAUGGACCUGCUGAGCGCGGAAAAGGAUGACCUUUUGGCCGUCAAAGAAGAUACCUGCGCGCAGUUGAUCACGCUGCAAACGGAGUCCAGCCAGCGAAGUGCCGACUUCGAUUCGCUGGAGAAGGACCUGAAGAACGUGAUCGAACAGAAGGACCACGAGCUGGAGGAACUGCGCGCCAAGCAUCAGGAACUGGAGGAGAAGUAUCAGUCUCUCGAUGCAAACAUGGACCGACUGCUGGCCGAAAAGGGAGCAAUCGAGUCCGACCUGCAAGAUUUACUUCACCAACAGGAGCAAAUGGAGCACAAGUACCAGGACGCUCUCGAAACGAUCAAGAGCCUGGAGAACUGCCUGGUCGAUUCCAAGAUCAGCGGCGAAACGGCCCUGCGAACCCUGCUGGAAGCGUGCAUCAAGUCGUCGGAGAAGCUAACGCUGCGGGCGAUCAGCGAGAACGAAAUGCCCGGUGCCGGUGGAACGCCAACGUACUUCCUGAUGAUCGCCGAAGAACUGCAGGAAGUGCUGUCCAAGCUGGCGAUCGUGCACGAAAACUACCUAAAGGACAACUCGACCAACGUGGAAUCGCUGGCCCGGAAGGUGAUCAUCGGAGCACAUCUGCUGGCCUCGGCGCACGUCCAAGGAAUGUCCAUCUGCAAUCGAUCGGCCAACAUCGAGUGCGGUGAACGCAUAGCCGAGGAGAUCAAGGAGUUGAGCGGAUCCAUCACCGGGCUUUUCCAGUCGCUGCAGAAGACGAGCGAGUCGGCCAACGUGUCGGAGAAGAUCACCGAUCUGAAGACGAAGCUGCAGGCGGUGACCGAAAUGAUCGGGGACCUGAGUAAGCAAACCGACGGCACGGAGAACCUGGGCGAUCUGGUCGAGAACGAACUCACCAGUAUGGACAAGGCGAUCGAGGAAGCGGCAUCGCAAAUUGAGGAAAUGCUCUCAAAGUCCCGCGCGUCCGAUUCCGGCAUCAAGCUGGAGGUGAACGAAAAAAUCCUGGACGCCUGUACUUCGCUGAUGCAGGCAAUCCGUGUCCUGGUGCAGAAGUCGCGCCUGCUGCAGUCGGAGAUUGUCGCCCUCGGAAAGGGCUCCGCGUCGGCGAAGGAAUUCUACAAACGUAACCACCAGUGGACCGAAGGCCUUAUCUCCGCUGCCAAGAGUGUCGCGCAGGGAGCGAACUUUUUAGUAACGGCCGCCAACAAAACUGUUUCCGGUGGAGCUCGCCAUCAGCUGGAUCUUAUUGUGGCCGCCCAGGAGAUUGCGGCCUGUACAGCUCAGCUCGUAGUGGCCAGUCGCGUCAAGGCUCCUCGCGGUAGUCAAAAUCUGGCCGCAUUGGGUACCGCUUCCAAGAAUGUCACCCAAGCUACCGGAAUCGUGGUGGCAACUGCCAAAGACUGCAGUCAGCGAUUGGAGGACUCGCAGGACCUGGACCUGGGCUCGCUAACCGUUCAUCAGGCCAAAACCAAGGAGAUGGAAAUCCAGGUCAAAGUGUUGGAGUUGGAGCAAGCUCUACAAAUGGAGCGAAUGCGGCUGGCAGCGUUCCGAAAGAAAAACUACCAAUCGCCGGUGGAAGAUUGAAUCCUAUGAUUUAUGACCCAAGGAACUGAUCGUUUUCAUCUCUCUAAAACUAUAUCAAUCGUAGGACUAAUGCUAGACAAUACUACAGCAAGGAACUCAUUCCUUACUGGCGCACGUCUUCAUGUGUAGUAUACAAGAACAAAACCGCGUUUGCACCCACCAACUUCCUAUGGAUGUGAAACCUUAAUAAAAAGCCAUACAUAUGAUAGAAAAAUGAUGUCUUUGUGAGAGAAUAUGGCAUAUAAACGUAUCUUCAGAUAUUCAUUCGUGUAAUGAUUGUCAGACAAUUCCAUUUCGCGGCAUUAUCAACGAAACCCAAAAACGAUGCUCUAUGUUGUAUUUAUAUUUAUGUAUUUCCGAGAAAGUAUUUUAAAAUCCCAUUCUCCCGAGUCGUUUUUCACCUCUAACUGAUUAGUCGUUAAGUAUACCAAUGAUAAUCAAAAAAGAACGGAAAUGUACGUUGUGUGUUUAAGGGAAACGGUCGGUACUAGGAAUGCCAAAAGAGAAUGCAUCAAUUUUCAACGAUUGAUCGGCGCUUUCAAGAAUAUGGAAUCGAACAGUGGUACCUACACAUGGAGUAAUUUAUUGUUUGCCUUACUUUUUUCCAUGAGGAUAGUAAUGAUAAUUCGAACAAUUGUUAAUAUAUUUUUUAUAUUGAAACAGUUUAGCGGCUAGGAGAUUAUUGUAGCAAGUAAAAUAAACGCUAUCGUUAUUCUAUUUUAAA